AUGGUAAUCCUGCUCAUGUCUCCACUUUUUCUUGGCUAUAUCGUUGCUGUAGUCAUGGCGAUCCAUUUCCUUGUUAUGGUAGGAAUCUGGGCUACUGUAUUCAUCAAUUUUAAUGGGAAAGGCAAAUUACUUUUCUCGAUUAAAUCUGCUAUUGUUUGGAUGUGUACAAAAUUAACAAUAUAUCUCUAUAUAUUUCUAGAGAGUUACUGUGGCCCAUGUCCUAAAAAUUGGAUAUGUUAUAGAAACAGCUGCUACCAAUUUUCUAAUGAGAGCAAAAACUGGUACCAGAGCAAAGCUUCUUGUCAAUCUCAAAACUCCAGCCUUCUGAAGAUCUACAGUAAAGUGGACCAGGAUUUCUUUAAAUUCAUGAAGUCAUACCAUUGGAUGGGACUAGAACAAAUUCCAGAGAACAGAUCCUGGCAUUGGGAAGAUGUCUCAGUUCUCUCACCAGAUCAACUCUCAAUGGUGGAAAUGCAGAAUGGAACCUGUGCUGUCUAUGCCUCAAGCUUUAAAGGCUACACAGAAAACUGUUCAACUCCAAACACAUACAUCUGCAUGCAGCAGCCUAUAUGAGGGCUUAGUCUACCAGCUUAGCAAAAUCCAGUAAUAGAGGUCACAACAUGAACCCAAAGCGAUUAUUCUGGAGAUCUGGUGGAAUUAGCUUUCCUAGGUCAUGGACUUGCUGGCUACUCAUUCUCUUUCUGCUUUGUUAUUUCU